AUAAAAUCUCUUAGUUGAAAAUCACAAUGUGAAAUAAAUUAGAUUCCUGUGUUGUAUCUAAAUUUAAUUUUCAGAGGCACAGAUUAUUUUGUUUCUUUAUAUAUAACAUGUGCACAGUGAAUUGUUUAAGUGACGAUACAGGAUCACAAACACCAUCGCCAUAUGUAUGCGAUAAUUCAAUUAAAUACAAUCAAUUUCUAAAAUACAAUAGUAAAUUACCUAUAAUUAAAUUAAUAAAAUAUAAAAAUGAUAUAUAGCUUCAAAUUCACUCUAUUUUUGUAUCUUCUUCUGGGGGCGCUUCAAUUUUCAUGCUGUUGCACAUACCUUAAUUGUAAUCUUUAUUGGGAUAAAGACUGGAGUACGGUUACAGCAAUGAAAAUGGUCAUGUUUCUAUUAUUAAUAUUUGGUUUCUUUUUCGCAAUUUUAAUAUAUUGCAGAACGUGUACCAGGGAUAUUAAUCAGAGAUAUAGUACUGCUUCCAAUGACAAUAUAGAUUGCAGAUCAUUACAAUCUAAUUCAAUUUAUGAAUUAUCAGUAGAGAGACCACCGUCUUAUAAUGCAGCUUGCAGUGCACCUCCUCCUUAUGAAUCUCCAUUGAAUAGCGUGUCUAUGUUUGAAGCACCACCAGUUUAUCAAGAAAGUUCGCAACAAUCUAGACGAGUAUCGCAUCCGAUUAAUCAAGCAGUUCCGAUCACAAAUUAUAUUUAACACGUUUUGUAGUCACGUAUUUGUAAUCAUGUCUCAUAUCUAAUUUAGUUUCAGUUAAUUAAGAAGGAACUGAAUUAGUUACAAAUAA